GCCGCCGCUUUGAGCGCGGGCUGGAGUGAAGUUAAACUUAAUUAAAAUAAAAAAAUAAAAAAAUCAACAUUAAAGCCCCAUCUUUCCUCUGGAAAUUAAAAUCUAGCGGACAGUGAGUGCAGCCCCUGCUGUUCUUUUUCUGCAGCUGUCGCCGUGGCGUGAGGCAACCGGUGCAGCCUCCUAAAGGACGGAUUGCACAGGCAGAGCCCAGCUCCUGAGCACCGGGGCAGCGGCUGGUGGCAGACUGGUGUCACGAUGAGCAGCAACGGUAGCAGAGAUGUUUGUGUGCCCUGAGUGAAGGCUCUGGCGCCGGACACAGUCAAGCAGAAUAUACGCUGGUGUGGUGGAAGUAAGGCAAAAGUCAGCUGGACAUGAUGGAGCUCCUAGAAGAAGAUCUGACCUGCCCCAUUUGCUGUAGCCUGUUUGAUGAUCCUCGUGUCCUGCCCUGUUCACACAAUUUCUGCAGAAAGUGUCUAGAAGGAAUUCUUGAGGGAAAUGUGCGAAAUGUGCUUUGGAGGCCAUCCCCUUUCAAGUGCCCCACAUGCAGGAAGGAGACUCCUGUCACUGGAGUCAACAGCUUGCAGGUCAACUAUUCCCUGAAAGGUAUCGUGGAGAAGUACAACAAAAUCAAAGUAACUCCAAAAAUGCCUGUGUGCAAAGUGCACAGCGGACAACCCCUUAACAUUUUUUGCCGGACAGACAUGCAGCUGAUCUGUGGGGUUUGUGCCACCCGUGGCGACCACACAAAGCAUGUUUUCUGUUCCAUUGAGGAAGCUUAUUCCCAGGAGAAGCGGGCUUUUGAAACCUUGUUUCAGGGCUUCGAAACUUGGCGUUGUGGAGAUGCCCUCUCACGGCUGGAUACCUUAGAGACCAGUAAGAGGAAAGCUCUGCAGAUGCUGACGAAAGAUUCUGACAAAGUGAAGGAGUUCUUUGAGAAGCUGCAACACACGUUGGAGCAGAAGCGAAAUGAGAUCCUGUCUGACUUUGAGACCAUGAAGCUUGCAGUGAUGCAGGCAUACGAUCCAGAAAUCAAUAAACUGAACACGAUUCUACAAGAGCAGCGGAUGGCUUUUAACAUUGCGGAGGCCUUCAAAGAUGUGUCUGAACCCAUUAUAUUUCUGCAACAGAUGCAGGAGUUCAGGGAAAAAAUCAAGGUGCUCAAAGAAACCCCUUUACCUUGUUCCACUGUGGACAUCAGUCCCACAAUGAAGAGCUUUGAUACCAGCCAGUGGAAUGGAAUAAAACUUGUUGAUGUGGACAAACUUUCCUUGCCUCAGGAAAGCAACACUUUCAAAUUCAAGAUUCCCUCUGUCUUUUCACGCAGAUUUAUAGUGAACUCUCUUAUUUUCUUGCUCAUUCUUGCUGUCACCAGAAUGUCCUUUGUGGAGUCAGUCAUUGACAAUCUCCAGUGCUGGAAAUCUCAGUUCCUUACAAUUUGCUUGUCCUAUUUGGCAGAUACCGUGGAGAUAGCAGAUCAUGCAGUCUUUUACUGGGAACAAAUGACAGAUGGAGCCUCACUUUUAAGAGAAAAGUGUAAAAACUAUACGUUGGUUGUACUGGAUAACGUUGCACAGUUUGUGUGCAAAUAUAAACUGUUGUGAAGUGUCUGCUGGAAUAUAAGAACUAAGAGAGAUCUGGGGAAGAAAGCAUGGAACU